UUACUCCUGCCGCAUCUUUCCGCAUCGACACGCUUAUUAAACUUCCCCAAAACUAGCAUGCACAGACACGAGCAUGCCUUGAUGUACAUCUCCACGUACUCAUCCACGCCUGUAUCUGUUUACGACGCAUUCAACUCUCCAGCACCGCCCUGCUGAACCCCAUUCAAGCGCCACUAGUCCGACGCCCAAGCCUACGAGUCCGCGAGCCAUCUCGCCAACUCGCCAGAUCUCAAUCGAGUCACGCGCACCGCCCGCCGCCCCAGCACGGUCGUCUCCGCCCCGCCCUUUUCAAACAGCGCGUUCAUUGCCAUUCAUUGCUUGGCGGUCCGUGCGCAAGUGUAUCGCCCUCCGCAUCUCCUACUUAUACCUCGCGUCGCCGCUAACGCUGACCCACCCACUCACCACCCCAUCCGCAACUGUCAUUACAUCCAGUGUCCAUCUCUGCCAACUAUACCCAGACAUCACACGACCUCGUCUCUCCCCUCCACCCCCCAUGCCCGUCACGCCCGACGAGUUCCGCACGCACGCCAACGCGUUCGACGCGGCUUUCGCCGACUCGAUGCGCGAGCAGUUUGGCGAUGGUGUGCCCGCGUACGGCGCAGCCCACUUCAGCUUCGACGAUGUGCAAGAUACCCCCGGCCUCCCAAUCUCCGACUACGCGUGGAAGGGGAUAUGCACGCCUGAGACGAAGCGGCGGCAACGGAUCGUGGAGGUGUUCCACCAAGCCAUCGCGACGAAGAACACUGAGGUCGUGCACACGAUGGUGAACCGCGGCUUUGUGUCUCCCGACGUGCCCGCCGAGGACGGGAGCACGCCGCUCGCGGCCGCCGUCGACGCGCGCAACCUCCUCAUGGCCAAGCUCCUCCUCGACCUUGGCGCGGACGUCAACCUCGUUGCGGCCCGCCGCGACCAACACCUCCCGCGCUGGCGGCGCAAGCGGCACGGCGUGACGCCGCCGGAGCGGCAGCGCACGCCGCUGAUGCUCGCGGCUGCCGAGGGGCAGCUCGCCAUGCUUCGCCUCCUGCUAGACGCGGGCGCGGACGACGCACUCGUCGCGCCCGACGGGCAGACGGCGCUCCGUCUCGCCGCGGACGCGGGCCACCGCGACCUCGUCGACGCGCUCCCCGCGCGCCGCGGCGGCGCAUGGCGCCGCUGGCGCCACCACAACGAGCGCUCCGUCUACCGCGCACGCUCCGCCGUUAUGGCGCUGUACUACUUCGCCCGCUUCUUCGUCUGGGACGUCCCAAAGUACUUCCUCUGGACGGUGCCCAAGCGCGUGGGAGAGCGCAUGGGGCGCGGCGCCAAGUGGCUGUGGGCGGAGACCAAGGUGCUCGUCGACGAGCUCGCCGGCGCGCUGCGGCGCGAGAUCAAACUCCUCCCCGGUCGCUUGCGGGCCGCGGCAGCGUGGAUGCUCGAGCAGAUCCGCGCUAUGCCCGCGCGCAUCAACCGCGGAUCCAAGGCCUUUGCGCGGUUCGCGCGCGCCGCAGGCUCGGCCGCAUGGGAGGUGAUCAAGGCGACGCCGGCGUGGGUCGCCGAGCAGGGGCGCCGCGCCGCCGUCGCGGCCGGCUAUGUCGCGCGUUGGACCGCCGACGCGGCCACGUGGACUGGGCGAAAGCUCGCUGCCACGCCAGGCGCGUUGUGGCGCGCGACCAAGACCACGGCACGGUGGACGCGCGACUUCCUGAAGGCUACGGCGAAGCUGCUGUGGCGCAUGAUCAAGGCCCUUCCUGCCGCGCUCGCGGUCGUGUGGGCAUGGAUCAAGACCAGCUCUGUGGCCAUCGGAAACGCGCUCGUCGCCCUCCUCGCUAAGCCUAUAGCACUCCUCCACACCGCCGCUAUGGCUGUCAUCUCGCUGCUACAGCGCGCGCGCAACGUCACCCUCCGCGAUCUCUGGAACGCUUUCAUUGCCAUGAUGGCCGCUAUUGCCAAUGUGCCGCGCCAGAUCUGGCACGCUCUCACCGCCCUCCAGGAGGUCUCGUUCAAGGUAUUCGCCAAGCUGUUUGGGCUGCUCGGCGUCGUCGUCUGGGCCAUCGGAUGGGUUGUCGUUCAGAUCGUCCUGUACAUUCCCCGCCAGCUCGGCGUCAUCCUCGUCGCUGCCGGGAGCUCGGUCAAGAAAGGCGGGCACGAGGUUGCGGUGUGGAUCAACCCCAAGUACUAGUGGUUGCGGGAAAGAGGAGACGUCGGCGCAGAGCAGGAUGCAGUAUAGACACUCGUUAGCUCAACAUAGACAUGUUAGUAAUAUGUAUCACAACGCUGGAGACUCCAGCCCCCGUGCUCGUCUGCUAGGCCAAUGGUC